GCGGGCUCUCGCGUCUUCGGAAGAGGAGCCCAGCGAGCGUGGGCGAGGCGCGGCGAGCCUUCCCCCGCGUCCCCCGGCGACCCCCCGGCUCCUCGAGGCGACCGCCGCGAGCCGGAGUUCCAUAUAGUUACUGUUUAUGAUCAUUCUGGAGAAGAACACUGAAUUUUGAGAAAAAUGUUCGAAACUAUAGACAAGAGUCGAGCCCUGCAGGCUGCAGAGCGCUUACAAGCUAAACUUCGAGAACGUGGUGAUAUAUCAAAUGAAGACAAACUGAACCUUCUCAAGUCAGUCUUGCAGAGCCCUCUCUUCAGUCAGAUUUUGAACCUUCAGACUUCUCUACAACAGCUCAAAGACCAGGUGAACAGUGCACCUUCUACAAUUUCAAAUGUUGAAUAUGCCCACAUUCCACAUCUCAGUCACGCUGAAAUUCCCACUCUACAAAAUGAAACACAGUUACCAUCCCCAAAUAAUGGGAAUUUGGAAGCACUUACAGGAUUUGGUACUUCACUCCUCAAUACAAAACUUGCUUGUGAUGAAUUUGAUCAACUCAUCAAAAAUAUGGCUCAGGGUCGCCAUAUUGAAGUUUUUGAACUUAAUAAACCUCCAUGUGGGGGCCUUGGAUUUAGUGUUGUCGGUCUAAGGAGUGAUAACAGGGGAGAACUGGGGAUAUUUGUACAAGAGAUCCAGGAGGGCAGCGUGGCACACAGAGAUGGACGAUUGAAGGAAACUGAUCAAAUCCUUGCUAUCAAUGGACAAGCACUUGAUCAAACAAUUACUCAUCAGCAGGCUAUCAGCAUCCUGCAGAAAGCCAAAGAUAAUGUCCAGUUAGUAAUUGCCAGAGGAUCAUUACCUCAGGUUAUCAGCCCAAUAGUUUCCCGUUCUCCUUCUGCAGCCAGCACUAUUUCAGCUCAUUCUAAUCCGAUUCAUUGGCAACAUGUAGAGACUAUUGAACUGGUGAAUGAUGGAUCUGGUCUUGGAUUUGGCAUCGUUGGAGGAAAAGCAACAGGUGUGAUUGUAAAAACGAUUCUCCCUGGAGGAGUAGCAGAUCAGCAUGGGCGAUUAUGCAGUGGAGACCAUAUUCUAAAGAUUGGUGACACAGAUCUAGCAGGAAUGAGUAGUGAACAAGUAGCACAAGUCCUCAGGCAAUGUGGAAAUAGAGUUAAAUUAAUGAUUGCUAGAGGUGCUAUGGAAGAAGCUGUAACCCCCACCUCUUUGGGUAUGACCCUUUCGUCCUCCUCAUCUUCUUCAUCAGAGAUGCGGGUUGAUGCAUCUACUCAGAAAAGUGAAGAAAGUGAGACAUUUGAUGUAGAACUCACUAAAAAUAUCCAAGGAUUAGGAAUCACGAUUGCUGGUUACAUUGGAGAUAAAAAAUUAGAACCAUCAGGAAUUUUUGUAAAAAGCAUUACAAAGAGCAGUGCUGUUGAACAUGAUGGACGAAUUCAAAUUGGAGACCAAAUUAUUGCAGUUGAUGGCACAAAUCUUCAAGGUUUUACCAACCAACAAGCAGUAGAGGUAUUGCGACACACAGGACAGACUGUGCAUCUCACUCUGAUGAGGAGAGGGCCAAAACAGGAGGCUGAUCUCACAUCAAAGGAAGAUACCACAAGAGAAGUGGUUUUGUCUCCCCUCAGUGCCAGCAAUAGCAAUGAAAAUUAUGAAAAGGAUGAAGAUUCUUUAUCCCUGAGAAGAAACACCAGCAUAUUGCCAAUUGAAGAAGAGUACCCAUUGCUAUCAGCUGAGGUAGAUGAAAUGGAAGAUGUGCAGCAACAACAGGAAGCUGCCCUGCUGACAAAAUGGCAAAGGAUUAUGGGAAUUAAUUAUGAAAUAGUGGUGGCGCAUGUAAGAAAGUUCAGUGAAAACAGUGGUUUAGGGAUAAGUCUGGAAGCAACAGUGGGACAUCAUUUUAUCCGAUCAGUUCUGCCAGAAGGUCCUGUUGGACACAGUGGGAAGCUUUUCAGUGGAGAUGAACUGUUGGAAGUGAAUAGAAUAAAUUUGCUUGGAGAAAAUCACCAAGACGUGGUAAAUAUUUUAAAAGAAUUACCAAUAGAAGUGACAAUGGUGUGCUGUCGUCGAACUGUUCCACCUUCCUCUCAGUCAGAAUUGGAGAGCCUAGACUUAAGUGAUGUUGAACUAACAGAAAAGUCUCAUAUAGAUCUCGGUGAAUUCAUUGGGUCUUCGGAGACAGAGGAUCCUGUGUUGGUGAUGACUGAUGCCGAUCAGAGUGCAGAAGUUCAAGGACCUUUGGCCAUGUGGGAGGUUGAUGUUCAGCACAUCGAGCUGGAGAAAGGAAGUAAAGGACUUGGGUUUAGCAUUUUAGAUUAUCAGGAUCCUAUUGACCCAGCAAGUACUGUGAUAGUAAUUCGCUCACUGGUGCCUGGUGGCAUAGCUGAAAAGGAUGGCCGGCUUUUGCCUGGAGAUCGACUCAUGUUUGUUAAUGAUGUUAACUUGGAAAAUAGCAGUCUUGAAGAAGCUGUCCAGGCACUGAAGGGUGCACCUACAGGAACUGUAAGAAUAGGAGUUGCCAAGCCUUUACCUCUUUCACCUGAAGAAGGCUAUAUUUCUUCUAAGGAGGAUUCCUUUCUCUACCUGCCACAAUCCUGCAAGGAGGAAGGGCUGCCUGACAGAGCCCUCUUCAGGGCUGACUUGGCUCUGGUGGACAUGAAUGAUGCUGAUUUAGUAGAUGAAUCUACAUUUGAGUCUCAGUACUCUCCCGAUAAUGACAGUAUCUACUCUACUCAAGCUUCUGUUUUAUCUCUGCAUGGAAGUGCUUGUAGUGAAGGCCUGAAUUAUGGUCCUUCUCUUCCAGCAUCUUCUCCAAAGGAUAUUACUGAAAAUUCUCCAGAUCCAGUAGCUGAUCUGCACAUGUCCUUGGAGGAACUGUACACCCAAAAUCUCCUGCAAAGACAUGAUGAAAAUCUGCCUUCAGUUGACUUGAGUCUAGCACCUACUUCUGGGUUUCCCAUAAAUGAUUAUACACCUGUACAUUCUCUUGAACAAUACGAAUGUGAAAAUACAGGAGCAUGGACCGAAUCUAACCUGCCAAAUGAAGUUAUAUCAAACUCCGAAUUUGCUGCUUCUUUGCUACCUGAUUUGUCUGGAAAGGGCUCUGAAUUCUUAAUUCAACAGAACUCUAUGGCUUCUACAACUGAGUGUGGUAUGCUUCAAAAUAUAUCUGAAGAAUCUUUUGAGAAGACUAUUAUUAUAGCAAAAGGCAAUUCUAGUCUGGGUAUGACAGUAAGUGCUAAUAAAGAUGGUUUGGGAGUGAUUGUGCGAAGUAUUAUUCAUGGAGGUGCAAUUAGUCGAGAUGGCCGGAUUUCUGUUGGGGACUGCAUCUUUUCUAUUAAUGAAGAGUCAACUCUCAGUUUAACCAAUGCCCAGGCACGAGCUAUGCUGAGAAAGCAUUCUCUCAUUGGACCUGACAUUAAAAUUACAUAUGUGCCUGCAGAACAUUUGGAAAAGAUCAAAGUAAGCUUUGGACAACAAUCUGGUGGAAUAAUGGCCCUGGAUAUUUUUUCUUCAUACACUGGCAGAGACAUUCCAGAACUUCCAGAGAGAGAAGAAGGAGAAGGAGAAGAAAGUGAACUUCAGAAUGCAGUGUAUAGCAAUUGGAAUCAACCCAGGAGGGUUGAACUUUGGAGAGAACCAAACAAGUCCUUGGGCAUCAGCAUUGUUGGUGGACGAGGAAUGGGGAGUCGUCUAAGCAAUGGAGAAGUGAUGAGGGGUAUUUUCAUCAAACACGUUCUUGAAGAUAGCCCAGCUGGCAAAAAUGGAACCUUGAAACCUGGAGAUAGAAUAAUAGAGGUGGAUGGAAUGGACCUCAGAGAUGCAAGCCAUGAACAAGCUGUGGAAGCCAUUCGGAAAGCAGGCAACCCUGUUGUCCUUAUGGUACAGAGCAUUAUAAACAGACCAAGGAAAUCCCCUUUGCCUUCUUUGCCGCACAACCUUUACCCUAAGUACAACUUCAGCAGCACUAACCCAUUUGCUGAUUCUCUACAGUUCCACGCUGACAAGGCACCCACUCAGUCAGAAUCAGAGCCAGAAAAGGCUCCAUUGAGCAAUGUGCCUCCAUCCCCUCCUCCAGCUUUUGCCGAAAUGAGUGGCGAUUGUGUGCAGUCAUCUGCAAGCAAAGUGUCAGAAGAUGUGGAUGAAGAGGAUGAGUUUGGUUACAACUGGAAAAAUAUCAGAGAACGAUAUGGAACCUUAAAAGGCGAGCUAAAUAUGAUUGAAUUGGAGAAAGGUCGUAGUGGCUUGGGCCUCAGUCUUGCUGGGAACAAAGACCGAUCCAAGAUGAGUGUCUUUAUAGUGGGAAUUGAUCCAAAUGGAGCAGCUGGAAAAGACGGUCGAUUGCAGAUUGCAGAUGAGCUUCUAGAGAUAAAUGGACAAAUUUUAUAUGGAAGAAGUCAUCAGAAUGCCUCAGCAAUUAUUAAAUGUGCCCCUUCUAAAGUUAAAAUAAUCUUUAUCAGAAAUAAAGAUGCAGUAAAUCAGAUGGCUGUUUGUCCUGGAAAUCCAAUAGAAUCUUUGCCUUCACCAUCAGAGAAUCUUCAGAUUAAGGAGGCUGAGCCAAAUGUCACUACUUCUGAUGCAGCUUUGGACCGCAGUUCAUUUAAAAAUGUUCAGUAUAUAGAGCUUCCCAAGGAUCAAGGCGGUUUGGGCAUUGCCAUCAGUGAGGAAGAUACCAUCAGUGGAGUCAUCAUAAAAAGUCUAACUGAGAAUGGUAUAGCAGCCAAGGAUGGGAGACUCAAAGUUGGAGAUCAGAUCUUGGCUGUAGAUGAUGAGGUUGUUGUUGGCCAUCCAGUUGAAAAGUUUAUUAGCCUUUUGAAAACAGCAAAGAUGACUGUGAAACUGACCAUUUGUGCUGAGAAUCAAAAUUCCCAGACUAUUAAAUCAGCAGCUGCUACAGCUAGUGAAGAAAAAAGGAGCAUCUUUCAGUCUCCAAUGGUCCCUUCCUCAGACUCCCCAGAACCAGAGUCUUUCUCAAGUACAAGCAGAUCAUCAACACCAGCAAUCUUUGCUUCUGAUCUUGCAACCUGUCCCAUUAUCCCUGGCUGUGAAACAACAAUUGAGAUUUCCAAAGGGCGAACAGGAUUGGGCCUAAGCAUUGUUGGGGGAUCUGACACACUGCUGGGUGCCAUUAUUAUCCAUGAAGUUUAUGAAGAAGGUGCAGCAUGUAAAGAUGGAAGACUCUGGGCUGGUGAUCAGAUUUUGGAGGUAAAUGGAAUUGACUUGAGAAAGGCAACACAUGAUGAAGCAAUAAAUGUCCUGAGACAGACACCACAGCGAGUGCGACUCACGCUCUAUAGAGAUGAGACUCCAUACAAAGAGGAAGAUGUAUAUGACACCCUCACAAUUGAGCUGCAGAAGAAACCUGGGAAAGGUUUGGGAUUAAGUAUUGUUGGUAAAAGAAGUGAUACUGGAGUAUUUGUGUCAGAUAUUGUUAAAGGAGGAAUUGCAGAUGCUGAUGGAAGACUGAUGCAGGGAGACCAGAUACUAAUGGUGAAUGGAGAAAAUGUUCGGAAUGCUACCCAAGAAGCUGUUGCUGCUUUGCUAAAGUGUUCCCUCGGCACAGUAACUUUGGAAGUUGGACGAAUCAAAGCUAGUCCGUUUCAAUCAGAGAGGAGGCCUUCUCAAAGCAGCCAGAUGAGUGAAGGAAGCCUGUCAUCAUUCACUUUUCCACUCUCUGGAUCAAGUACAUCUGAGUCACUGGAAAGUACCUUGAAGAAGAAUGCAUUGACAUCUGAAAUACAGGGAUUAAGAACAGUUGAAAUAAAAAAGAGUUCUACAGAUUCCUUGGGAAUCAGCAUUGCUGGAGGAGUGGGAAGCCCACUUGGUGAUGUUCCUAUAUUUAUUGCAAUGAUGCAUCCCAAUGGUGUUGCAGCUCAAACUCAGAAACUCAGAGUUGGAGAUAGAAUUGUCACUAUCUGUGGCACAUCCACUGAGGGAAUGACUCACACCCAAGCAGUUAACUUACUGAAAAAUGCCUCUGGCUCCAUUGAAAUGCAGGUGGUUGCUGGGGGAGAUGUGAGUGUGGUCACAGGCCAUCAGCAGGAUGCUGUCAGUUCUAGUCUUUCUUUUACUGGGCUGACAUCAAGCAGUAUAUUUCACGAUGAUUUGGGACCUCCUCAGUGUAAGUCUAUUACACUAGAUAGAGGACCAGAAGGCUUGGGCUUCAGUAUAGUUGGAGGAUAUGGCAGCCCUCAUGGAGACUUACCCAUUUAUGUGAAAACAGUGUUUGCAAAGGGAGCAGCUUCCGAAGAUGGGCGUCUCAAAAGAGGCGAUCAGAUCAUUGCUGUCAAUGGGCAGAGCCUAGAAGGGGUGACCCAUGAAGAAGCCGUUGCCAUCCUUAAGCGGACAAAAGGCACUGUCACUCUGAUGGUUCUCUCCUGAUUUUGUUGCCACAAUUAAGUCAGCUCAACAUCUCAUUCAGUCCCUGUGCAAAGACAAUGCAGUGGUUUUUGUGGAAAGCUUUUCCCAUGCUGUCUUUAUGGAGCUUUUCAAACCUAAAGGGGAAAAAAAUCCCUUGAUUUAAAGUUUUUCUCAUCUAGAAAUGAUUUUAUUACUCACAAUUAAGUAUUGUUUGUUCUUUUCUCUUGCUCUUUGUUAACUUAAAGAGGACUAUUUGCAUACGUAAAUCCAGUCUGUCUUUGUAAAAAGAUUUGAUAUUUUGUGGUUACAGGAGCAAAAGUUAUGUGCUUAGUUUAACUUGUUCACCGAGAAAAGAAAAUAAUUCUGAAGCUAACCAAAGAUAAAUGGUUUUAUGAAAGAAGAAUGGAAUGUUAAAAUAUAAAAUAAAGAAAAUUUUGAGUUGUAUAACAAUGCUUCAAUUUAGCAAUUGA